CUAAACAAACCCCCUUUUCGAUGCAGCCAUGGCGGCUUGGCGUCGCUCUUUAAUCCAACGUCGUUGAGUUCUUGCUGGGUUCAGUUGUUAGACUCCUUUUUGUCAACUUUGACGAUGCGGUAACAACAAAUUCGUCGACCCAUAACAUUCAGUACAAGAAACCCUGAGUGUAUCCCAUUUCAGGGCUAAUGUUAGCAAUAUGACGGCAGAUGUCAUCAGACUUGGGGAACAUGCCAAACCUUCAUCGGCACUCCUUCAAGUUUCACAACAGCCGGCAGUCGUCGUCGUCCAUCGCGCUCAAUGUCCGCUGUCAGGCUCUUUCAAGUCCUGAUCUCAGACUUACUUACCCCCUCCGGGGUUCUGCCCAUCCGAACGCUCAACUCGCCACCCGUCUCAACUUUCUCCGUACUCCUGACACAAACAACUACGAAGUUCCCUGUUUCUUCCCCCGUGCGAACUCCCAUCUCCAGACAAACCAAUGUUCUCUCUCUGUCUGCAGACGCCCCGAGUCAAAACCAUCCCGUCGUCAGGAUUUCGAGUUUCAUCCCGCCUAUCCCAGUUUCUUCUCCAUCGUAGAAGUACCAAAAGACCACAGGACGAAAG